AUGUCGCAGGUGGAAUGCAAACAUGCCAUUACAAAGAAUACCAAGAAGGAUGUAACAGCGAAGACGACAGAGAACUUUAGGAUGCUCUGCAGCGGAUUUAUGUACCGGGGCGUCUCAGACCGUCCGUUCGAAUCGAACGCUCUCUCCUUCAAGAGCUCUAACCCCACAGCUUUGUUGCGGCAGUACGGGGUCGGCAUCUUUGGUUUGGUAGACGUGUAUGCGAAAUGUGGAAGCGUAGACAAGGUGUGUGGCUUGUUUGACAGAAUGCCUCAAAGAAAUGUGUUCUCAUGGAGUGCAAUGAUCGGAGGUUAUGCACAAAAUGGAUUUGUUGGAAAGGCGGUAGAGACUUUCAAGGAAACGCAAUUUUUCAGGGUAAAGCCGAAUCUCACAACUUUCGCCAGCAUACUGUACCAAAAUGGGAGCUCCGGAACAAUGCACGGGCAUCCAUCAAAGCAAAAUGUAGCGAGGGCUUUUGUCAGAUAUUAUAGCUGGAAAUGCUGUGGUAGACAUGCAUGCAAAAUGUGGAAGCAUCGAAAGGCACGCGAACGGUUUGACAAAAUGCCUGAAAGAAAUGUGGUCUCAUGGAAUGCAACGAUCGCACGGUAUGCACUUAAUGGAUUCGUUGAAAAGGCUUUAGAACCCUUCAAGAAAAUGAAAUGUUUAGUUAUAUGGGCCGACCUUAUGUAA